CCUGCCCUGGGUGUACCCUACUGGUUGGCAUUAUUAAAUUAAAUAAACGCGUCGCCACGGGUAGGAGGCUUCUCCUCUUCUUCUUUCCCCACCCCGCACCGCGCCGCACCCGAAGCUAGCCACGAAACCCUUGUCGCCCUCGCAGCCGGAGCAGAGGAGGAAGAACCACAGCAAGCCAUGGGCGGCGGCAACGGCCAGAAGUCCAAGAUGGCCCGCGAGAGGAACGCCGAGAAGAACAAGGCAUCCAAGGGCAGCCAGCUCGAGGCCAACAAGAAGGCCAUGAACAUCCAGUGCAAGAUCUGCAUGCAGACUUUCAUCUGCACGACCUCUGAGGCCAAGUGCAAAGAGCACGCUGAGGCGAGGCAUCCCAAGAACGACCUCUACCAGUGCUUCCCCCAUCUCAAGAACUAGUAUAUGCCUCAUCUGACAAGAGGCAUAUGCUCCACCAGAACCACAAAGAGAACUUCCGUGAUCUACUAGUAUUGUUACCGUCAUCAUGUACGUUAUGACUGGUUGCUCUGUAUUACGGGUCUGAACUGCUGUCGCUGCUGCUGGUUCGGUUGUGUUUGCCCCAUCUAAUUAUGUAAUCCUUCGCUGUCAACCUGUUGCAUUACAACAUCGAUUGUGUGGAUUUGUGAUGCCCGUGCUUGCUCAAUAA